GUGAAAAAAUUGUGCAAAUUAUAUAUAGCAAUUUCCAGUUUUAUUUUGUGUCAAGAGAUACGGGGAAUCAGUCGCCUCCGUGACUUCAGCCUAGCUCUAAAAUGUCGGAAAUUAUUCUCUUGAAAUACAUUGCGCGAGAUGGCGUGGCUGUUCUUUUGUUUUAGUUCGAUUGCAGCGAUACAUGUGGUAAUGAGAAGAAAUUUAGUCAACAACAUGGCGUUGUAAACAGUAUUAUAUAAAAAGUCUCUGGUAUUUAUUAUUCAUAACGACAGGUAAUGAGUGUGUUCAAAAGGACAAAAAUUUCAAAGAACCUAUAUCAGAUUUCUCAGACUAUUCUAGACGAAAGAGGUUCAUAAGAAAUCAUUUAUUAAAUAAAUAAAAGUGCUUAAUUUGUCAAUAUUAAUGAUAAAUUGAAAAAUGUCUUCUGAUGAGCCAAAUAGAACAGCUGCUAUGCCAACAGAAGAAGCAGGACAAUCUGUCAGCAGUACAUCACAUAACUCAGGAUCUACAAGUACUGAUACAAAUUCACCACGUCCUCCAGAUCAAGCCAGUCGUCAAAAUAAUCUUCAGCGUAUUCAGCAACGUAAACAACAUGUAUUCAAUUGGCCACAAGUAAAAAAGUUAUUGAAAUUAGCCAACUAUAGUGCUUGUCAAGUGAAAGAAUGUAAAUGUAAUGGUUGGAAAAAUACACAAUUUCUAGUUAAAUCACCAAAAAAUGAAGCACAACAGUCAGUAGCUAAUUUUACUGAUCCUUGUAGAAGUUGUACACAUACUUUAGAGAACCAUAUAAGUCAUUUACCUAAACAAAAUGAUGAAGAAAUCAAUAAACUCCUUGGAAUGGUAGUUGAUGUUGAUAACAUCUUUAUGGGAAUGCAUAGAGAGGAAGAUCCUGAUACAAAAAGAGUAUAUUAUUAUUUAUUCAAGCUUUUAAGGAAAUGUAUUUUAUCGAUGACAAAGCCCACAAUUGAAGGACCACUUGGGCAACCACCUUUCGAAAGACCUAGUAUUGCAAAAGCAAUAACAAAUUUUGUUUUAUAUAAAUUUGGACACUUAACUCAAAGAGAAUGGCAGGCGAUGUAUGAUUUAGCUAAAAUGUUUCUCAAUUGUCUCAAUCAUUGGAAUUUUGAAACUCCAAGUGCAAGAAAAACAGCAGUUAAUGCUGAUGAAGCACCUGCUUAUAAAAUUAAUUACACUCGAUGGCUUGUUUUUUGUCAUAUUCCUGCUUUCUGUGAUUCUUUACCACAUUAUGAUACUACACUUGUUUUUGGAAGAACAAUGCUCCAAGCAGUAUUUAAAACAGUCUGUCGACAAUUAAUGGAUAAAUGUCAUAGUGAAAAAGAUAGAAUGUCACCAGAUAAAAGAGUCUUAGUAUUAACACAUUUCCCUAAAUUUUUAUCAAUGCUUGAAGUCGAAAUUUAUUCAGACAACUCACCUAUUUGGGAUCCUGAAUUUAAACAAGUGCCACCAUCUCAUCUCCAUGUGACCAUUGAAUCGAAAGGAGCUAAUGCUCGACGGACAGGAGAAUUUGAAAAAGUUACAGUAACUCCCAACGAGAAAGAUAAUUAUACAACAAUAAAUAUAAGUCCGGGAGUUAAGAGAAUCAAUGAAAGAAGAUCUCAUGCUGAAGGACGUAGUGAAAGUAAAAGAAAAAAGGUAGAAGAGGUUUUUGAAGAUCUUCCAGAAGAAACAGUAGCUGAAAUAGUUGCUACCAUCAAUGAUCCCAACUAUAUGUGUGGUCCUGAUGCCGUUUUUCCCCCGAAUGUUCCCAGAGAUGAAACAGCAAAAUUAGAGGAAGCUAAGAAAAUUAUUGAAUUCCAUGUAAUUGGGAAUAGUCUUACUCAACCUGUCUCUAAACAAACGAUGCUCUGGUUGAUUGGAUUACAUAAUGUGUUCAGCCAUCAACUACCAAGAAUGCCAAAAGAAUACAUUUCUCAGCUAGUUUUUGAUCCAAAGCAUAAAACAUUAGCUCUAAUAAAAGACGGAAGACCUAUUGGAGGUAUUUGUUUCCGAAUGUUUGCCACUCAAGGUUUUACAGAAAUAGUUUUUUGUGCUGUGACAAGUCAAGAACAAGUUAAAGGAUAUGGAACUCAUUUAAUGAAUAUGCUAAAAGACUAUCACAUAAAAAAUAAUAUUCUUCAUUUCUUGACUUUUGCUGAUGAAUUCGCAAUUGGUUAUUUCAAGAAACAAGGUUUUAGUAAAGAUAUUAAAUUACCUCGAGCUAUUUAUCAGGGAUAUAUCAAAGAUUAUGAAGGAGCGACUCUUAUGCAUUGUGAACUUAAUUCUAAAAUAGUUUAUACUGAAUUUACAGCAGUGAUUAGGAAGCAAAAAGAAAUCGUAAAGAAACUGAUUCAACAAAGGCAGCAGGAAAUACAAAAAGUUCAUCCAGGUUUAACGUGUUUCAAAGAAGGAGUAAGAGGAAUUCCUGUAGAGUCGAUACCUGGGAUUCGUGAGACUGGAUGGAAAAGUUAUGCUCAAACGAGAACAAGAGGCGUUGCUAAAGGAACUCCAGGUCCAGAACCUAUGGAAGCUUGUCUUGAUAUCACUGACUCUCUUUAUAAUGCACUUAAAAAUGUAUUAAAUAGUGUGAAAAAUCAUAGCACCGCCUGGCCAUUUCUCAAACCAGUUGAUAAGAAUGAUGUUCCAGAUUAUUAUGAUCAUAUCAAAUAUCCUAUGGAUCUUAAAACUAUGACAGACCGUUUAAAGGCUCGAUAUUACGUUACAAGGAGAUUAUUUAUUGCUGAUAUGACCAGAAUCUUCACAAACUGUCGUCUUUAUAAUAGUCCCGAUACAGAAUAUUUUCGAUGUGCUAAUGCAUUGGAAAAAUAUUUUCAAACGCGCAUGAAAGAAAUUGGUCUUUGGGACAAAUAAAAUUCUACAAUGUUGAUAUUGUUAUUACAAAUAAAAUAUUUAUUAGAAUAAAA